AUGGCCGCCGAUACGAGCCAACAAACGAACUCUGCGGGGCUUGUUCUCAUGCACGACAGCACGAACGCAGACAUCGACAUCAUUGCCAUCCAUGGCCUGGACACAAAGUCCCCGAACACGUGGACAUGGAAAGACCCCAACGAUGCCACUAAGCAAAUCAACUGGCUCCAAAAUGCAGAGAUGCUCCCAAGCGUUGUGGGACGGGCUCGGAUCUUUACAUGCGACUGGCCGGCAGACAUGUUUCAGAAGUCAAUACCGAGCACGCUCGAGGAGUCUGCUCAGUUCUUGCUGCACAGCAUCACACUGCGUUUAGAGCAAAAUAGAAAGGCAGGAGAAGACCGGCCACUGUUUUUCAUCGCAUCGUGCCUCGGGGGUAUCAUCUUGAUAAAAGCCCUCGAGAUCGAUCGCCAUAAUGGCGAUGACAUUGGUCUCUCCUCUCUCACAGCAGCGACGCGUGGUAUUGUUUUCCUUGCGACACCGUUCCAGGGGACUGCUUUCAAAGACAUGCCUGAUCUCACUGUAAAGGUCUGGGCCGCGUUCAAAGACCAGACGGCGACUGCCCUGAUUGAGUACACGAAGGAACCGACGCCCGAACUCGACGAACUCGUGAGGAGAUUCAUUCGUCUACAACAGGAAAAAGAUUAUCACGUGUUCGCCUUUUGGGAAGCUCACGAAACGAGCCUGCUGAGUAAAAUUUACCUGGGUUGGCUGUUUUCAAAGCGGGCGUCUCAGGCCUGGUACGCAGUGUUCUGUCUAUCCGUGGCACGGUUUUCGCCCUGGCUGCUGGUACUCUGUCUUCUUUGGCGAUUGGCGUUCCCUUUGUACCAACCAAAGCAGCUGGUCAAUAAGAGCUCGGCAACGGCGAAAAUCCUUGACGAGCAGCGGCUUGACCGAUGUCACGUCCUGAUGAACAAGUUUGGCGACCGUUGUAAUGAUUAUCAUCAUGUCGCUAGGAAAGUUAAACAGAUUGUUGAAAAGAUUCGCAAGGGAACCCCACUCGAGCAAGCCGACAAGCUAAUACGCGAGAAACACUACACGACGGACAGGCUCAAGAUUGAACGGCUCUCGGGCCGCCCACUAGCGAUGGACCAGUGCUACAUUAACCUCGCCAUCGUUGAGCAAUCUGACCAAGAUGCGGCUCGCUCUAAAAAGGGAAGGGAGACAGCGCCGUCCCCGUUUUCCAUCCUCGAUCGACAGAAGGUUGAGGCACCCGACAAGACUAUGCAGGUAGAGUUAUCGGCAAUUUUCAACGAACGCAAGGGAAGCGACGACCGCCCGAUGCACCCACGAAGAAUCUUGAUUAGAGGACGUGCGGGAGUUGGCAAGACUACCUUGUGUAAAAAGAUUGUCUAUGAAUUUACUAAAGGCACAUGGGGCAAAUGGAACGAAUUGUUCGACCGCGUGCUUUGGGUGCCUCUACGAAACCUGAAACAUGAAGGAAGACGCAAGAUGCCUGUAUAUGCCUUUGAAGAUCUCCUGAGUCAUGAGUUCUUGCCAACGAAUAAACGGAGUCUUGCUGAGGCGUUGUCCCGCGUAUUGGAUGCCAAGAGCAGCAAGACUUUAUUUCUCCUUGAUGGCCUGGAUGAAGUGUCCCAGGACCUGACUGGCGACACUGGUAUGGCCCGCUUCCUCAGUAGGCUUUUAAGCCAGCCCAGCGUUAUCAUCACGGCGCGGCCGUCCGUCGCGCCUCCGGCUAACCUGGAUCUCGAAUUGGAAACGAUUGGAUUCGGCCCUGAUCAGGUUAACGAGUAUAUCGAAAAAUCCUUCACUAAUCCAGACACUGGCGCAACUGAUCAGACAAAGGUCGGCAAGGUCAAGUCGUUUCUUCAAGAGCGGUGGCUCAUCCAGGGUCUUGUGCGCAUCCCAAUCCAAUUGGGCGCCCUUUGUUAUGUCUGGGAUGACUUUGAACCGGAUGUGAUACCGAAUACUAUGACCGGGAUAUACAAAAAAAUUGCGCUGAAGUUGUGGAAGAAGGAUGUCGAACGAUUGGCGAAGCGACAUAACGGAGAUCUGGUGACAGCUUCCCAGAUUACAAGCUCGGACGCCGAGGACCUCGUCGCAGAUGAGGUCUAUUUCCUCGAGGGUCUUGCCUUCACUGGACUGCAUAACGAUGUGAUAGACUUUAAUGCAAAAGAUCGCGAUUUUGUGUCUACGGAGUUCAGGCGACAGGGAAUGCUGCUCGAGAAAGUCCUUCCACACAUUUCUUUUGUGCGAACAUCUGACCCAUCAUCUGCAGCCAAGUAUCGAAGCUAUCACUUUAUACACCUGACAUUUCAGGAAUACUUUGCGGCGCGGUAUUUUGUGCGGCAGUGGAAGAACCAAGGACAACUGCAGUUUCUUACACUCGGUAGUAAGGGCACAGGGACAACAGCAAGUGCCCCUGCUGACUUUCUUCGAAAACACAAAUACACAGCUCGUUAUGACAUCUUUUGGCGAUUUGUGGCCGGCUUACUUGACGGGGUUGGCCAGGCACUAAAUUUCAUCAAUACGGUGGAGGGGGAGCCUCUCGACCUGUUGGGCCCUACACAUCAGCGACUAGUAAUGCAUUGCUUAAGCGAAAUAUCGAGCAGCUUGCCAAUGCGGGAAAUGCUCGAAAAAAGGCUAGCCCAGUGGUUGCUUCUUGAAUCCACGUUCAAUAAAACAGCACUGCUAGCAAGCGAAGUGGAGUUUCCCGAGUUAGCCCUGAAGACAUCCUUACUUGAAGAGUCUACUGAUGUCCAGAUAAGAAUACUGCGGUCGCUAGGUAAUCGAGCCUCAAUUCCACUAAGUAUCAUUGAACAGGUGGCGGCGCGGCUCGACCACGCCGACAAGAACAUGCGGCGCGCCGCCGUCGAGGCCCUAGGCAGACGAUCGGAGCUGCCAGAGGCGGUGCUCAAGGCGGUGGUGGCGUGGCUUAAUGAUGAUGAUAAGGACGUGCGGCGCGCCGCCGUCGAGGCCCUAGGCGGACGAUCAGAGCUGCCAGAGGCAGUACUUAUGGCGGUGGCGGCGCGGCUUGAAGAUGACGACGGCAAGGAGAACGUGCGGCACGCCGCCGCCGAGGCCCUGGGCGGACGAUCAGAGCUGCCGGAGGCGGUGCUUACGGCGGUGGCGGCGCGGCUCGACAACGACGACGACGACCUGCCAGAGGCGUUGCUUACGGCGUUGGCGGCGCGGCUCGACGACGACGACGACGCGCGGGGCGCCGCCGUCGAGGCCCUGUGCGGACGAUCGGAGCUGCCGGAGGCGGCGCGGCUCGAUGACGGCGACGAGAACGUACAGGGCGCCGCCAUCGAGGCCCUAGACGGACGAUCAGAGCUGCCGGAUACGGUGCUUAUGGCGGUGGCGGCACGGCUUGACUACGAUGACUGGCGCGUGCGGGGCGCCGCCGUCAAGGCCCUAGGCAGACGAUCGGAGCUACCGCAGGCGGUGCUUACGGCGGUGGCGGCGCGGCUCGACGACGACGGCGACGAAGUGCGGCGCGCCGCCGUCGAGGCCCUGGGCGAACGAUCGGAGCUGCCGGAAGCGGUGCUCAUGGCGGUGGCGGCACGGCUCAACCACGUCGACUGGCGCGUGCGGGACGCCGCCGUCGAGGUCUUACUACAUAGGAACGAGAAACUCUCUCGCAUACUUCAGGGGUCUCUUAUUGCAUCUUUCUAUAAGGCUUUACUUGAACGGAGCUUUGGGGAACAGUUAAGUUGGUACAUUGAAGAAGAUCGCUACUGCGUCAACAUGCCAGGCGGUAUUGUGUUAUUAUCUGUCGAUAUUCCACAGAACGAAGUUAGAGAAUGGAUAAAAGGAGCCAGGCUGUCCAUCUACGAGCGGUGGGGAGAGCUCGUCUAA